AUGACGUCAGAGGCGGAUCUACAGAGGCACAAGGAGGUGCAUAUGCACCUCCUCUUGCCGGAAAGAGCUCUGGAGGUUGUGCAAUUUGCCCCUCAGCUCUGCCAUGGAAGUGCCCACAAUCUACUUGAAGAAAUGCCUCUGCGAAAUUGUCUUUUGUUUGCUAUGGUGUUGCAGCGUUGGGCUGUUGCGCGCAGCACCACCGCAUGGCCAAAACGGCUCGUUUUGGACAAGGGCAAUGAACAAAAAUAG